CAGACGUUCCAUACUGCUGCCCCGUGCCGAGAUGUUGAGGACCUGACUAACGGGGUUGCCAUGGCGCAGGUCCUUCACCAGAUAGACGUUGCUUGGUUUGAUGCGUCUUGGCUGAAUCGCAUCAAAGAUGAUGUUGGUGACAACUGGAGAAUAAAGUCCAGUAACCUGAAGAAGAUACUGCAGGGGAUUAUGGACUACUAUCAUGAGUUCCUGGGUCAGCAGAUUUCAGAAGAGCUUAUCCCGGACUUGAACCAGAUAUCCGAGAACUCGGAUCCCACCGAGCUGGGCAGGCUGCUGCAGCUUAUUUUAGGUUGUGCAGUCAACUGUGAGAGGAAGCAAGAACACAUACAGAAUAUCAUGACCCUUGAAGAGUCUGUUCAGCACGUUGUCAUGACUGCCAUUCAAGAGCUCAUGAGCAAGGAAAUAAUGGGUCCUUCCACCGGUGAUGCAUCAAGUGAAAUGGAACAGCAGCUUAAAAAAGCUUUGGAAGAUCUUCAGGAAGUGCUGGCAGAAAAGGAGGAGCUGGCACAAAGAUGUCAAGAGCUGGAUUUACAGGUGGCUGCUCUCCAGGACGAGAGAAACAGCUUGAUGUCAGAAAACGAGAUUAUGAAUGACAGGCUGGAGCAAUUAGACGACUCUCUGGAUGACCCAAGUGCUGUGGUUACAAAAAAGUAUUUUCAUGCACAGUUGCAGCUGGAACAACUGCAGGAAGAAAACUUCAGGCUUGAAGCUGCGAAAGAUGACUAUCGGGUCCAUUGUGAAGACCUAGAAAAACAGUUGAUUGAACUGCAGCACAGAAACAACGAACUGACGUCUUUGGCAGAGGAGUCCAGAGCCUUGAAAGAUGAAAAUGAUAUUCUUAGGACUACUGCAGACAAGGCAAGUAAGCUGGAGUCGACGGUUGAGGUGUACCGUAAAAAGCUGCAGGAUCUGAACGACUUCCGCAGACAAGUCAGAUCUCUGCAGGAAACCAACAUGAUGUAUAUGCACAACACGGUCAGUCUGGAGGAGGAGCUGAAGAAAGCCAACGCAGCACGCGCCCAGCUGGAAACCUACAGAAGGCAGGUGCAGGAGCUUCAUAACAAGCUGUCUGAGGAGUCGAAGCGAGCGGAUAAGCUAGCGUUCGAAAUGAAGCGCCUUGAAGAGAAACACGAAGCUUUAAUCAAGGAAAGAGAGCGGCUGCUGGUGCAGUGCGACGCGUUGCGAGAGACAAACGAGGAGCUGCGCUACUCGCAGAUGCAGCAGGACCACCUCAGCCAAGCAGGUGCAGCUCACGUUAAAAGCCACGAGAAUCUUGCUGCUGAGAUUCUGCCAGUGGAGUAUAGAGAAAUGUUCAUCCGGCUGCAGCACGAAAACAAGAUGCUCCUGUUAAAACAGGAGGGAUCAGAAAACGAACGUAUUGCACAGCUCCAGGAACAGCUGGACCAGAAGCAUGGGACAGUGAACGAGCUGGAAACUGAGAAAAGGCUAAAUGAAGAGCGUAUUGGGGAGCUACAGCAGCAGAUUGAAGAUCUGCAGAAGACCCUACAGGAGCAGGGAUCCAGGGCUGAAGGAUCCAGCAACCUGAAGCAGAAGCUGGCAGCACACAUGGAGAAGUUGAAUGAGGUUCACGAUGAGCUGCAGAAGAAGGAGGCUGAUCUCGCAGAGCUCCAGCCCGAUGUUAGUCAGAACCCCCAGAAGAUUGGAGAGCUGGAAGCAGCUUUGCGGAAAAAGGAUGAGGAUAUGAAAGCGAUGGAAGAAAGAUAUAAAAUGUACCUUGAGAAAGCAAGAAACGUGAUAAAAACCUUAGACCCCAAGCUAAAUCCAGCGUCAGCAGAAAUUAUGCUGCUCAGAAAACAGAUAACGGAGAAAGACAAAAGAAUUGAAGCACUAGAGGCCGAGUGCAAGAUUGCGAAGUUACGUGACUAUGAGGAGAAGCUGGUUGUGACGGCGUGGUAUAACAAGAGCCUGACUCUUCAGAAGCUGGGAAUGGAAGCGAGGCUGGUUGGCAGUAGCGGGGCCUGCAGAGAGGGUCCCGGGCGCUCGUUCCUGGCUCAGCAGCGUCACGUCACCUCCACCAGAAGGAACCUCACUGUUAAAGUACCGGGUGCGACAGCGGAUUAA